CAGGUGUAGCAGCUUAUCUUUAGCUUAUUAGGAUUGUGCGCAGGAGGUUUUUCCAUGUGUCUAAUCAUGGGGACAUGUACACUGAUGAUCAGGGCACUGAUGAUCAGUGUGCCCUGAUGAUCAGUGUAGCCCCAGCAGUGCCACCUGUCAGUGACCAUCAAUACCAGCUGUCAGUGCUCAUCAAUGUCACCUGCCAGUGCCCAUCAGUGCCACAUAUCAGUGAAUAUCAGUGCACAUCAAUGCCACAUAUCAGUGCCCAUCUGAGCUGCCUUUCAGUGUCACCUAUCAGUGCCACCUAUCAAUGCCAGUCAGUG